AUGACGAUCGACGAACAAUUGAAAGUCGGGUUGUUAGAGCUUUUAAGGAGUAAAUGCCGUCUUUCUCAGUUUGCUAGAUGGGAAGCUUGGGCAGUUUCUGCUGCAGCUGUAGAAUUUGAGAAGUUGCAAUCUUUCUCUAGGAAAGAUUUGCACUGGUACACCAGGGACAAAAACUCUGGUUCCGAUACAGAUGCUUUAAAAGAGGAGAUAAAAAGAAUUAAGGAAGAGGAGGAGCAGGCCAUGAGAGAAGCUCUUGGCUUAGCUCCUAAGCGGUCUAUUCGACCUCAAGGUAAUCGACUUGAUAAGCAUGAAUUUGAGGAACUUGUGAAACGAGGUUCGACUGCAGAGGACAUGGGUGCAGGGCAUUCUGACGCAGCUUGGGUUCAUGGAAUUGGUUUCGCAAGCAAGGCACCUCGCCCAUGGGAAGAUCCUAGUACGCUUAAAUCCAGUGUGGAGCAGGCUUCACCUGAGUCAGUGAAGCCUGCUGAUCCCAGUUCACCUGUUGGGGACACCGAAAAAGAAGAAUCGAAGGAUGAAAAGGAGGAUGAACGGAGUAAGAAGAAAAGGCGGCGUGAGGAUAAGAAACACGAGAAGCAUGAAAGACGUGAGAAACGCCAAUCUCGUGACUCAGAUGACAGGAGGAAACAUAGGAAAGACAAGGAGAAGAGGAGACAUGAUUCUGACUGAUCAAGUCUCUAGAGUGAUGUAUGGUACUUGGUUUGUUUUAGAUUUUUCUCCCUUUAAAAAAAAUAAAUUAAUGUAAAAUCAUUUUAUCUCCUCUUCUUCAAUUGUUGUGAUGACAUAGAAGCACAGAGAUCUCAUAUAUCGCUGUAAAGUUAAGAAAGACUAGGGGUCAAUUUGCUAA